CCUCCUCACCAGCGCUAAAAUCCGGACUGGAUUUAGCGGAGCUCUGCGUGUUGCCGAAGGCGGGGCGGGCCGCGGGAGGGGAGGUUCGUUCCGCGGAGCCGCAGCCAGAACCGGGCGAGGCUUAUCCCCGCUGUCUUUCCAGUCCAGGAUCAGGAAUCACCUUCAGACUUACCUGGUGAAACGUUGCCCGGUAUUAAAAGAAAACACACUCUUUGUUCUUUGGCAUGGAUAAAUGUUCAGUGAGAGGAUUAGACUUGGAUGAACAAACUCCUGUUUUAUUAGAGCAUAAAGCCAUGGCAGCUAGUCUCAUGGAUAUAGGAAAUUCAUUUGGUAACCCAGCUAGUCCUUUAGUUAACAGAUGUAGAAAUUCAUCAGUAGAAGAUGGUGAUGAUGAUGAUGAUGUCGUAUUUAUUGAAUCUAUACAACCUCCUUCGACUUCUACUCCAGCAAUAGCUGAUCAAAGAAAUUUUAUAUUUGCUUCAUCAAGCAAUGAAAGGCUACAAGGAAACUAUUCCAUAAUUCUUCCUGCCUCAAGAGAUUUGCCUUCUCAGAAGGGAAAUGUGAGUGAGACAAUUGUUAUCGAUGAUGAAGAGGACAUAAAAACAAAUGGAGGGGAAAAGAAAAAUUCUUCCAAUUUUGUUGAAUGGGGACUUCCUGGAACUAAAAAUAGAACCAAAGAUUUGGAUUUCUCCACUUCCAGUCUUUCAAGAAGUAAGACCAAGACUGCAGUAGGACCUUUUAAUCCUGGUAGAAUGAAUGUGGCAGGAGAUGAAUUUCAGAAUGGAGAAUAUGCAACUCAUCAUAGUCCUGAUUCUUGGAUCUCCCAGUCAGCAUCAUUUCCCCGUAAUCAGAAACAGCCAGGUGUGGAUUCUUUAGCACCAGUGGCCUCCCUUCCUAAACAGAUUUUCCAGUCUUCAGUCCAACAGCAACUUACAAAACCAGCUAAAAUCACUUGUGCAUACUGCAGAAAACCUUUACAGAAGGGACAGACAGCUUAUCAACGAAAAGGAUCAGUUCACCUCUUUUGUUCUACCACCUGCCUUUCUUCCUUCUCUCCUAAGCGCACUCCAAAGAAACGCAAUGGCGUUAAUAAUUUAAUACAUAAACUGUGCAGUAACCAGUGCUUUAAUAAGUACAGGUUAGCCAAUGGUCUGAUAAUGAAUUGCUGUGAACAGUGUGGAGAGUACUUGCCCAGUAAAAGUGCUGGAAACAAUGUCCUGAUGAUUGAAGGUCAGCAGACAAGAUUUUGCUGCCAAGGUUGUAUCAAUGAAUAUAAACAGAUGAUGGAAGCAAAAUCAAAAAAUUUGUCAGCAUCAGAAAACAGAAAAAGGCAUGUUGUUAGAGAAGAAAAUGAAAGAAAAUUAUAUGGGCCAUUGAAUACUGAUUUAGAAAACAAAGAGGGAAUACCAAAUAAAAAGGAAAAGACUCCAGAGCUACAGCUUUUGGCAGAAUAUAGCACAGAUACAUCACUGAUCAAACAGAAUGUGAAUUUAACUUCUUCAGUGUUAACCAUAGCUGAUAAAUUUCAAGAGCCACUGGAAGAGAAAAAACCAGAAGACUGCAUUAUACCAGUUGUACUUUCUACAGACCCAGGUACAUGGCCCCGAGUUUUAAAUACUAAACAAUGGGACAUUCUUGUUGAAAAUGAUCCACCUCAAGUAAGAAAUUUUAACUUUCCAAAAGACAGUACGGGGAGGAAAUUUUCAGAAACUUACUACACACGAAUUCUUCCAAAUGGUGAUAAAACCACUAGGUCCUGGUUACUUUAUUCGACUUCAAAAGAUUCUGUAUUUUGUUUGUAUUGCAAACUUUUUGGGGAGGGGAAAAAUCAACUGAAGAAUGAGAAUGGGUGCAAAGAUUGGCAGCAUUUAUCACAUAUUCUUAGCAAACAUGAGGAAAGUGAAAUGCACAUCAAUAAUAGUGUUAAGUAUUCACAAUUAAAAUCUGAUUUGAAAAAAAAUAAAACUGUGGAAUCUGCAGGACAUGGAUUACAUGAGAAUGAGAAAAAUGAUGGUGUGCUGUUGUUGUACACAUAAUAUACCUGAUGUGGUUCUUGACAUAGUAAAUUUAUUCAGAAAA